AUGGCAUCGCACUCCCCAUCCGUAUCUUCCCCCGCUUUCACCGAGACUGAGGCCAGCGUUUUGGCCCUCUAUGACCAGCUGCAACAGCUUCAGCUCGAGCUAGCGCUUCUUCAAUCACAGCAUAAUGUUGGUAGCCCGACCACUGGGCAUGAUUUGUCAGAGAACCAGACCCGAUUUCUGGAGGCAAAGGCCACUCUCGCGUUGUGCAAUAGCGUGGUAGAAAGCGUGGUGGCAGUUCAGCCAACCUUGAACGCGGUUCACCAGGCGAGACAGGCAUCAGCUGUUGAACGAGAUCUUCUACCAAUCAUCCAAGAACGGGACAUAGCUGCAACCAAAGCAGCAAACAUCUACUCGGAGUUGCAAACAGCAAGGGCCCGUUUGGCUGAACUCGAAGUUGGGAGUCUUAAAGCUAGCCAUUGGAACAGAGAGUUGGCCGCGGACGUCCUGCAGCUCGCGAGCGAAAAUCACAAGCAGGACUUCGAGAGCAUCCAAAACGGGCGUUUCGGAAGCGGCAUCGCUGAUUUGGAAAGCCAGGUCAAGUCCAGCCGACACAGAUGGCGAAUAAUCAAGGGGGCAACAAGCGCCAUUAUCGCUGGUAGCGGUAUCGACUGGGUCCGAGUUAAGCGCCUCAGAGAGUUGGUACUUGAUCCACUAGAUUAA